AGUAAGCAGCCGUGAGUAGAAAGAAGUAUAGAAUACAUGGCCGCAAUGAGGCGUGGGUCCUCCGCCGGGGUGACCGUGGCUGUGGGUUUGGCACUGUUUGCUGUGAGCUGCCUGUGGAAGGGAGAGCCGGAGGUCGACUUUGUGAGCGGCGGCGUGCCCAACUCCCGCUCUGUGAAGGUGGCCAGAUGUGCUGGAGACAAGGCACUGAAGGACCGCGUGACUUCCAUUGGCAAGACCAGCAAGCUCACAGAUGCCAUGCGACUGGUCGCAGCUGCCAAGGUGCGGAACGCCCAGAACGGUGUGGCCAAGUCGCGACCCUUCAGCGAUGAGCUGCUCGGCAUGAUCAAGGGUCUUGUGAAGAGGUUGAAGGGCAGUGGCCUUGAGGCUGACCUUCCAAUGCUCCGCGUGCCAGAGAAGGUCAAGGAAGUCGGCAUUCUGAUGAUGACAGCCAACCGAGGUCUGUGUGGUGCAUACAACACCUUCGUGAUCAAGAAGACUGGGGCCCGAAUCGAGGAUCUGAACAAGCAGGGCAUCAGCCCAAAGCUUCUGAUUGUUGGCAAGAAGGGCCUUGCCGGCAUGAAGACGCGCUUCCCCAAGGACAUCAAGUUCAACUACACCGAGGAGUGGUUCCCAAUGCCUGACACCAUCAAAGCCAAGGACUCGGCAGAGAUUGCAGAGGUGCUUGAGAACUACUUCCUCUCUGGCGAGGUGGACAAGAUUGAGAUCGCCUACGGCAAGUUCAUCAAUCUUAUCAGCAACGAGCCCACCAUCCGCACCCUCCUGCCCCUCUCGCCAACUGGUAUCGAGGAUCCGGAAGAUGAGACCUUCAGGCUGACCACGGAGUCCGGCAAGCUCAAGGUGGAGAGGGAGAAGCAGAAGGCUCCCAAGGCAAAGGAGAUCGAGGCUGAUGUGAUCUUCGACCAGCCUCCCGCGGUCAUCCUGAACUCCAUGCUGCCGCUGUACUUGAACUCGCAGAUCUUGUCUUUGAUGUUCGAUGCUCAGGCCUCGGAGCUUUCAUCGCGAAUGUCUGCCAUGAAGGCUGCCACUGACAACGCCAAGGAGCUGCAGAAGAAGCUGCUGGUCCUGUAUAACAAGAAGCGCCAGGCAGCCAUCACUGCCGAGAUUUGCGAGCAGUCUGCGGCUGCUACGGCGCUGGAAAGCGCCGAUGUCAAGGGCAAGGCUGGUCCUGCUUUGGGUGUCGUUGACAACGAGAAGUCUGUGGCAGAGGACUUCAUGAAGGAGUUGGACUCCGGAGAUGUUCCGGAUGCGCCGGUCUCUGUGGACACUUACGGCCCUCUCACUCGUGCUGAUAUCAAGGACGCAUGAACUCUUAAGCCCUUCCUUUGAAGCGCGUCGUUCCAAGAGAGAAGGCCAUUCCAUGGGAUGUUCUCCUCGUCACCGCUUCGGACCUUGACAACCCGAGGCAUGCAUGGUGCACCUCUUGUGAUGCGUUUCUCCGGUUUAGGCAACGGCUAGCGGCUUUGCAGCCCCUCACAGCGAUGCUUCAGCCGCGCGUUUUUCGUAAGUCGG